AUGGAUUUCAUUAUGAAGUUACCUUGCACAAAGAACAACCAUAACUCUAUCUGGGUGAUAGUAGACAGACUGACGAAAUCAGCUCGUUUCCGUCCAAUUCGUGAUGACUAUCCGUUGGAAAGACUUGCAGAAAUCUAUAUAGAAGACAUUGUGACCAAGUACGGUGUCCCUUUGUCAAUCGUGUCAGACCGAGAUCCUCGUUUCACUUCUGACUUUUGGCAGUCACUUCAAGAAGCAUUAGGUACUAGACUGAACUUGAGCACUGCCUAUCAUCCACAAUCUGAUGGACAGAGCGAACGUACUAUUCAGACAUUGGAGGACAUGCUUCGUGCUUGUGCAUUAGAGUUCAAAGGGAGUUGGGACAAACAUCUCCCGUUGAUCGAGUUCUCGUACAACAACAGCUAUCACACUAGCAUACAGUGUGCACCAUUUGAGGCUUUGUAUGGAUGUAAAUGCAGAUCACCACUUUGUUGGCUUGACGCCGGUGAAAGAAGUUGGUUGGAACUCCCAGUCGUGCAGUACACUACUAACAAGAUCACCACUAUCAAAGAGAAGCUUAAAGCUGCUCGAGACAGACAAAAGUCGUACGCAGACAAACGCCAUAAACCUUUAGAAUUGCCAAGUUUCCUCGUGGAAAGGUACUGCCCGUUUCGGCAAGAAAGGCAAAUUGGCACCUCGAAGUGCUUGGCUGGCGACCCAACUGUCAUUCCUGUUAAGGAUGUUCACAUCGACGAGGGGCUUGAGUUCACUGAAGAGCCCAUCGAGAUCAUUGACAAGGAUGCUAAACGGACUAGACAAAGUAGAGUACCACUAGUACGUGUGCGAUGGAGUGCUAGGCAUGGGUAUAAGGACACUUGGGAACGUGAGGACUUCAUUAAGGAGAAGUACCCUCAUCUUUUCGAUCGCAGGAAAAAGAAGAUCUUUGUUAAAAUGUGUAACCUUGCUUCUUACUCUAAUGGAACCCUGGAAUUCUGUAAGAAUGUGCUGUUAUGCUUAUCUAAAGAUGAAGAGUCUGAUCAAAAGAAAGCUCUACUUGAUAAGGUAAUCAGCAAGAUUGAUAAGAGACUGGGUUUCAGAGAGAGUAUUAGAAUGAUAAGGGAGGCAAAGAAUGUUAAGAAGUCCAAGUAUGUUGAGAGAAGAAGGGGAGGAUGCUGGAUCAAGUAUGAACCUAGUAAUAUUUUGGGACCACAUAACAUUCCUCCUAGAGACUAUGAAGCAAACAUGGUGGUCCCCGAAGAUAAACCUGAAGGUGACAACUGGUUCUGGCAUUUAAACGAAAACAGACCAAAUACUCGAGCUUAA